CCUGACCGUAUUGCAUUAUACCAGUUACUACUUGUCUCGAGGUUAUAAUGAAUUGUUAUAAGGUGGUUGUUUAAGUGAAAUAAGAGAUCUAAUUAAAUCAUUAAUAAUAAGAAUGUUCGAGGGUGCUAUAGCAGCGUUUUUAAAUCGUUUUUUGGGUCGAUAUGUUGAGGACUUAGACACUGAACGAUUUAAUAUCGGUAUUUUUUCUGGCGACACAUGUCUAACUGAUCUUAAAUUAAAACCCGAAGCCUUGUAUCAACUUGGAUUGCCUAUAAGAGUAGAGGCUGGUUUAAUAGGAAAAAUCAUUUUGAAGAUACCAUGGACUGGAUUGCUUUCACAACCAGUUGUCAUACAUGUAGAGGAUAUAUUUAUAGUAGCUGUUCCUAUUCUAUAUGGUCAAUAUAAUAUGGAAUUACAAAAGAAAUUAUUAAGAGCCGAAAAAAAGAAAAUCUUAGAAGAUCUCGAGGAUGAUAAAGCAUUUACUGCUGGGUUGCCCUUAAAUUUUUUUGACGGCAUAGUGACAUCGAUUAUGAGAAAUUUUCAGAUUACAAUAAAUAACAUACAUAUUAGAUAUGAAGAAAAACUAUUCUCUAGUUCUUUAUCUGCUUGUGGUAUUUGUAUACAAAGUAUAUCUAUGACAACAACAAAUAAUAAAUGGAAACCAGGAAUAUACUCGACUAAUUCGCAAACCCUUUAUCAAUUGGUGCGAGCGGAGUCUCUUAGUAUUUAUAUGGAUCACGAUACAGAAUCAUCUCUACAAAAUUGUCCAUCUAAAUGGGAUUUUGCUAGUUUUCUCGCAUGGAAGGGAACAAUGCUUAAAUCACUUCAAACUUUUGGCAUGAGAAAUAAAGAAUUUCAAUUUUUGUUAAAGCCGUUUACAGCUAAGAUUAAAAUAAUUAUACAUAAGGGCAGCGAUGUUCAAACUUCACGGAUUUUAAUCGAUCUCGUUCUCCAAGACGUGGCAAUGCAAAUUUCAGAAAUGCAAUAUAUUACAUUUUGCCAUCUGUACGAUUCUUUACAAAGAGCAACUAUAAAUAGACCUCACAGAAAAUAUCGACCUCAGAAUAAAAUCCAUGAGAAUCCCUCGUCGUGGUGGAAAUAUGCGUAUAAUUCUGUUCUAGAUCAAUACGUUAAACCAUAUGUUUGGCAAAAUAUAGCGAAGCAUAGGAAAAAUUAUAAAAAAUAUAAAGAAAUGUAUAACCAAAUAUUAUUACAACCAAACGAUACAGAAUUGAAAUUAGAUAUGCAAAAGUUCGAGGAUAAUUUGACGAUUGUGAAUAUAGUGAUAGCGCGCGAACAUGCCAGGCAGGAAUUAAGAAAUAAAAAAAUAAAACAAUCUCACGAAUCGUCGAAAGAAGACGCAGCGAUCAAAGAUGAAGAAGUUGUGUCGUCAAAUGAAAAUAAGUCACAAGAUAAAGCGCAAUCCGUCGAUCAGGAUAAGAGAAGGACGUUCUACAAUUUAAUCGAUAACGGUCCAAAUGCAAAAAUAAACUUGGAGAAAUUGUCAAGGCCAAUUGAUUACAAAUACAAUUUUACUUUGGCCAAUUUUUCAUUGAGCUUACUGAGCAAAAACAAGGAAGUACUUGUAGCUACUGUCACGCAAUUUCUAACAAGUGUUGAGACAGCACCAAAACUAUCGGCGUUUAAAGUUUCUGCCAGAGCAGAAAGUUGUGUAAUCGAAGGAGUUUCGCAGGAGGGUGAUCUAGUUCCUUUAACCAUCGUUGAUAAUGUUUUAACAGGAAAUGUGUCGACCAAUUUUUUGGCUUUAGAUUUUGAAAAAAAAAGAAAAGACAUAGAUCCCAGUUUUGAUCUAUCGAUCAAAUUAGAAACUAUCGAAGUUAUUUAUCAUCAUUAUGCAGUGAUGGAAAUUAUUAAUUUUUUUAAAUUAGGCAAUCCUUAUAUCGAAAAUACUCUUUCUUGGUCAUACAAACUAUGUAAUAAUGGUGUUAAGAAAUUUCUCAGUUUCAUAGAUAGCAUUACAUCGCAAGAAUUUCGAAUAACUAUCAAAAUUGAUAUCGGUGGGCCCUAUAUUGUAUUUCCCGAACACGGAUCUAUACAAAGAGAAGGACAUUUAAUGAUUUUGGAUUUCGGUGAUAUAUCGUUGGUAAACGAAUUGCAAGCAACUAAUUUGCAAUUAGAAGAUGCUACGCUUAUGGAAUUAGACGUGUCACUUUAUGACAGACUUCAUAUUGAAUUUAAAGGAGGACAAAUUCUUUGUUGUCAUUCAGGAGACGAUUGGCGGGCUGCUAGAAAACAAGAAGAUUCAGAAUAUCACUUCGUAUCUAAAAUGGAAGCAAAAACUACUAUUUCGUAUAGUAUCAAACCUGAAUAUCGUCAAUUACCAAGAGCGAAACUCAACGUAACUGUACAACGCUUGAAAAUCAACGUAUCGGAAAAUAAAAUACAAUUGAUAACGUAUUUUUUAAAUACUUUAUCUAUAUUUUGUUGGAAUUAUACUAAGAAAUAUCAGACGUUUAUGGAACAAAUAAGUCCUAAGACAAAAAGUAAUAUAUUUGUUUUAUCGUUAAAAAAACUCAAGCGAAUACAGAAUAGUAUAUGUCUACCGACUGUUACCAAAGCACAAAAAAAGUUUGAUCGUGUUAUGCAAGAACUUUUGAUUAAUAACGUACCAAGGCUUGAUAGAAGCGUCGUAUCUUCGGAAAUCAGUGAAGAAGAUUUGGAAUUAUUAUCUAAAGCUAUUAAUUUGUACGGUUUUGAUGAAAACGUGUCUCCGUAUAAUCAUAUGAAUUUUCUCAUAAGAUUUGCCAUUGGAGAACUUUCCAUUCAUGUGGGAUAUAUGAAUGAAACUAGAGAAGAACCGUAUUUAAAUUUAAGAUUACGUAAAGUAUCAACUGAAAUUGGUAUAAUGGAGUAUGGAUUUGCAAUUCAAUUUAUGAUAGAUUCUAUAAUUUUGCUCGAUCAAACAAAUGCGGAUAUUACUGGAUCGUAUUUGGAAUUUAUAUCAACAGGCAAAUGUGAACAAGUUUUUGAUUUAUCAUAUCGCAAGGUCAGAUCAGAUUGUCCAGAUUUUAAAGGGGUUUUUAAAAAUAUUGAAAGAUUGUUGCUUAUAAAGCUUUUGAACACGAACAUUAUUCUUCAUAGACCUGCGUUGUUGAAAGUAAAAAAAUUUUGGAAGAAUAUUAAUCAAAUAUUUUGCGGAACUCUUUUAUUCGAGUGUAUGAAGAAACUAUGUUUAGAAAUUAUUGAAUGGGAAAAGAACGAUCACGAUCCACCCAUUCCUCCAGGUGCAAUUAAGCUCAAUUACUCGGCAAGAAUUGGUACAUUAACCGUUCGACUAUGCGACAAGGACACAGAUUUAAUGAAAAUUGAGAUAUUAGGUAUUGAAAAUGAUUGUAUCUACAUUGCCAAUGAAAGAAUGGUCUUUCGUGUUUAUCUAAGAAAUCUACUCGUCGAAGAUUUGAACGAAGAAACGCUCUAUGCUAAAAUAUUAACAACCGAUGAAGAUAAAGUUUUAGAUUUGAAAUAUGUGAGGCACACUCCGAAGUUGUACGUAUGUUCUGACAUUGAUACGAAUCAGGACGAUGUUAUGUCACAUGGAACAUUUAAAUUAUCUAUCGGACGAAUUAAUUGCGUGUUGAUUACAAAGAUACUACAAGACUUACACUACUUCUUAGUGCCAUUUGCUUCAUCCUUUUUGACGCAAUUAAUGAUAUACUUGAAAAAAAAAUGUAUAGCCUAUGUUGAAGAAUUUAAAAGGAAUGCUAUUAAAUUGCAUAUUUUUAUUGACAUACAAGGACCUACAUUUCUUCUACCGCAAAAAAAAGACAUCGCAAAUCUGAUAGUUUUUGAUACAGGUAUACUAUCCGUUGAAAAUUUUUUCAAAAAAGUUGAUCUAACGACUCAAACAGUUAAAAAUCAUUCCAUUGAUGGGAAUCACAUAAUAAUGGAUAAUAUUCUAUUAAAAUUGAAAUCGAUGACUUUGUCUAGAGCUAUUAUGACAUUAAGCAGAGAUUUAGAAGUUCAAGAACCUAUUAUUGAACCUGUUUAUAUUCAUUUUGAUAUAAAAAGAAAAACAGAAUAUCAUACUAUAAUGGAAUAUGAAACAUUUGGACUCUUUAAAAUGCAUGGAUCUAUAGAUUUUGUAUGCAUAAAUCUUAGUCAAAGAGAUUUACAAUCCAUAAUGUCCGUAUGGAAAGAAAACAUAUCCAAAGUAAUUUUAUCUCAAAGAAAAUGUGAAAAUAAAAGAUUUUUCAUGGUAGACAAAUCCUCGGAGAGCGUUAAUACCGAAAAUGCGAUGGUUAAAAAAUUAGAAGUUUUUCUGGCUCAGAAUGAAGCCAAUUUAUGCGAAAUAAAUAUAAAUCUGACUUUGGACGGAAUACAAUUAAAUUUAUUUUUAGAUUCGGACGAAGUGUUGAGUUCACCUGUACGAGAUUUAAACCAUGGUUUAUGUAAAUUAAAUUUUGGAGAAAUAAUCAAUACAUUUGAUUUUUAUAGCGAUAAUAGUUUACAGAUGAAAUUCUCUCUGCAAAGCAUCAUUUUACAAGAUACGCGUAAAGAUUCUUUCAUUAUUAAAAAAAUUAUUCAAUCCCCAGCUAAAUUAAUAGGAUUAAAUGUUGAUUCGUGCAUUUCUGUUUCGUUAUCGCCAAUAGUUGAUAUAACGUAUAAUCAAGCACCAACGGGUGAUAAAUGUUUGAAUAUUCUUAUUCAAGAAACAAGAAUUAAUUUGUCAAUAUCAUUCUUAUUUCAUCUUGUACGAUAUUUUCUGGAUGCCUUACCGCAUGACCAAAUUGAAGGAGGCAUUAUCAAUCAUGGAUAUGAAAACAAUAGUAGCACAUAUAUCAAUGAUAUUACAACAGGAUCUAAUAAUGUAAAUUAUGAGCUAUAUUGCAAGGAACAACCAGAUGUUGCAGUAUCCGUACGAAUACAAAAGCCAGAAAUUUUACUAUUUGGGGAUUUGAAGUCAAAUAAUACGCAUAUAAUAUUAUUUCAAGCAGAAAUAAUAAUAGAGAGUAGUAGCCAUAAUUGUCUUUCUUCAAUAGUUUGUACAAUUACGAAUAUUCGUGCUAAAAGUACAAGUCAAGGAACAUAUCUUCGUCAAUCGCCACAUUGGUUGCUUCGUCCAUGUGAUGUUGAAAUUUGCAAAAAAGAAGAAUUGCUAAAUCAUACUAUGGACCUUGUAAUCUCUGUAAGUCCUGUUUAUAUUCACCUUUCUCCUGGAAUCAUGCAUACUUUUGUAGACAUAACCAAUGAAGCUUUGGGUUUUAUAACAAAUAUUGGCUUAAAAUUUGAAGAUAGAACUACUGGAAAUGAUUUAAAUCAACAUACUGAUUUAUGGUCACCCAAAAAUAUAUCUAGUAUACCUUACAAAAAAGUUGAAAAUGAAUUAUUGGGAAAUAUAGAACUGCUACACGAAUAUAACAAUCAAGAUAUAACUUUUUGUUUAAAGCCAAUACCGGUAUAUAUAUUAAUAGAAAUGGAAACGAGUAAAGAAAAAGUUCCUAUGGUACGAAUAGAAACUGUUAUUGACAUUAACAUCGAUUGCUCCAAAAAUUUUCAUUUAGAAUCUAAAUUAAACGUUCACGCGUUUUGUUACGACAUCGAUCAUAAAGUUUGGGAACCAUUUAUUGAACUAUGUACCAAAGAUGGUAUUAAGUAUAAUCCCUGGAUAUUGACUAUAAAAAUGUAUAACGGAGAAUCAUGCAUUAUUGAUUCUAAUUGGACAGAUCCAUGGCAGCGUACAAAUGAAGAUACAAUAAAAAAGAAAAAAAAUAUAAAUAAUAAUGAAGAGGACUCUAUGGAUAUGGUGUUUAUCAACCCGGAGCAUACAGUCUCUUUACAAAUGAAUGGAAUGAAAAUAUUUCCUGGAUAUGACGAAGACUCCGACACGGAUGACGAUGAAAAUGGAAAAAAAUUAACCAAAUCUACAAACUAUUUAUUCAGUAACGAAAGUAGCGAAGAUGAAGAUAGUGAUUCAAUUGAUUCGAGUACGAAUGAAGACGACGGCUUAGAUCUACCAUCGACCAGUAACGUUGAAUCAUCAAGUCCUGUUAACGAUGCACAGAUCAAAAUGGGACAAACAACAGCAACGUAUAUCAUAAUAUCUACUGAAGAUGUUAUUAAUUUUACGAUUACACCGAGUAAUCUUGCAAUUAUGAAUAUGAUUAUAGAUGCAUUUGUAGAGGUGAAGAAUGGUAUGCCUAUAAUACCUACAAAUAUAAGUGAAAUAAAUUUGCAAAAUAAUAUUGGUCAUGCUAGUAGAGUAGAACUGCUUGUUCAAGAACAGGUCGAUGGAAAAAUGACUACACGAAUUCUUACCGCAAGAAACUAUCAUUGUGAUGACUCUCCCCCAAGUACACCAAACACACCUGAUGCUGAGAAUAUGUCGCGUAGCACGAGCCCGCAAUGGAUUACCAAUGAAAACGGGUUAAUUGAUUUUGAAGAUAAUCCAUUGAAUUAUCCUCUUUUCACGCAAAAUAUUAUUUAUAACGAAUCUCCUAUUUGUUUAUAUAAAAUGAUCACUGGCGAAGUAUUGCAUAUUAUUAUCGAAGGUUUUAAAGAUAUUUCAAUAUAUUGCCCGAAAAGACAAGGUUGUAAAUUCAUUCCACUUCGACCAGUCAAACAAAACGUGGAGUAUUAUUUAAUUGUAGAUACGACUAUUGAUAAAAAUUUACAACGUACCAUUUCGAUUAGAUCACCUCUCCAGAUUAGAAAUGAAACGUCAUAUGCUUUAGCUCUUUAUUAUAAAAAACAAUUGGCAGAAACAUUACAAUUAGCGGAUAUUGGAGAAGCUAUAAAUCCUUUCGACGACAAUAUAAGAAUGGGGAUUAUUGAACCUGACUGUAUUUACAAUGUUCCGCUUUAUAUUGCAUACCAUUUUCCUAUUUAUGUAGAACCAGCAUAUUUGGAAAAUUAUCAGAUUAGCGAGGAAGGUAUUUUUUGGAAGGAACUAAAUAUAAUAACUGAUACUAGCAAAGAUGUGUUUUGUAAAUUAAAGAAUAAUGAAAAUCAAAGUGUAUUUUGCAUAAAAGUAGUGGGUACCGAAUUUCCAAUGGCAAUACCACAAGACUGCAGAGUACCAAAUUAUUUAAUAAAUAUUAUUCCACCUCUUAUACUCAAUAACCAGUUACCUUUUGUUAUUGAUAUUGGAAUACCUUCUAUAAAUUAUGAAGUAAAAAUUGAACCAGGUGAUAAAGUGAAUGUGCACUCGUUGAUGUGUACAGGUGAUAUACAAUUCCAUUUUAAGAUUCAAAAUUAUUUGGGUGCUCAAUGGAGUGGAACUAUAAAAGUCAAUAUGAAUUUGGAGAGAAAAUUUGUAUUAAUGAGUACGGACAAUGAAUCGUAUUUAGGAAAACCAUUUAUAAUACAUGUUGAACUGUGUAAAAGUAAAAGCUGGUAUAUUAUCAUUCAUGCUCAAUAUUGGAUAGUUAAUAAAACUGGUUUACCAUUAUUCAUACAGGAAUGUCAUUUAAAUUUAUCCUACGAGAUUCCAGAAGAAGAAUUAUUAGUUUUGUCGCAAAAAAAUAAUAAAAAAGAUACUAUUAGAUUAAGAGCGCAUCAAUCUGAAUGGUCCCUGCCAUUUAUUUUAAACGGAAUUAAUUCUAUGUCUCUAAUUGUUUGCAAGGAUAUCGAACGUGGAAGAAAAUAUCGAAUAUUAGCGGAGAUAGAUAACUCACGUUUAUCUCCGUUGUUCACCAAAAUUAUUAUCUUCUUACCAUAUUUUUUUGUUCAUAAUAAAACAAAAAAGGCCCUAAGAUUUAUGGAAGAAAAUGAUAAUGCUGAUUUAUGGAAUGAUUUGUUACCAGGACAAGAGAUACCAUUUUGGCCGGUUACAGAAUCUUUACAAAUGAGAGUUAAAUGGAAACAUAGUCAGUUAGAUUCACAGCAUUUUAAUAUUACACAAACUGGUAAAACUGUAUUAAGAAUGGAUAAUGGUUCAGCUCUAUGCAUAGAAAUCGAAGGUGGUGCAAAUACUCCAUAUUACAUUGUAUUUCGAAAAUAUAUGAUUGGAGAUGUACCAGUAAGGGUAGAUAAUCUUUGUAGCGAACUAUUUCUAAAAAUCAAUCAAAUAAAUUCUGGACAAGUGACCUUGUUAAAUCCAUUUCAAAGUAUACUCUAUACUUGGGAUGAUCCGAGUAUGCCAAGAGAACUAAUGUGGAAUAUUUACAAUAAUAAAAAAUCUAGCUAUAAAGCUCGAUUUGAUACCGAUGGUUUCGAACAAGAAGUUGUACCUUUUAUUACCGUCGAAUGCAGAGACGGUUGCACUGUAUCUACUGCUAAGUCCCUCUUACAUACAAGAUUGUCCUAUUCGCAAGAGAAAAUAAAUAUUAGUACCAAUGAUAAUAAAAAUGAUAAUUCUGAAACAGAACAAUCUAGACUAGGGCAAGUCCGAAAAGAUAAGAUUACUAUUUAUUGGGUAAGCUAUAUGGAAGGGACGCAACGUAUCUUAUUGUUCACUGAAGAUGAAAAUAUAUUUUUAAAAGCACGGAGUAUUAUUGAACCAGAAAUUAGUAAACGAGAAAUAUUUCUAUCGGUCGCAGGCGUCGGAGUUAGCGUUAUUUUAAAAUGCAAUGAGAAAAGUAAAGAAUUUCUAUAUGGAAGUAUAAGCGAUUCUUCCGCGUGUUGGGAACUUUGCUUUGGAAAAAAGUGGAAAACAUUAUCGCUUGAAUUAAGUGCUUGGCUGGAAAAUAAAUAUAUAAAUUCCUUCAAAAGAACACAAUUGGAUAACUUUAUUGACGUUGAUCUUGAAAAAAUGCAUAUGACAAAACCAUUUUUUGGAAAAUUACGCAGAACAUAUUCACCCGGAAUUUGGAUACAUUGCAGACAAUCGAUAACAAUGACGUAUAUGCAAAGUUACAUUCAUCGAAUACAGAUAGAUAAUCAACUCAAUAAUGUCACUUUCCCUGUUAUUCUACACUGCAACUUAGAAAAAAGUAUGACUAAUUUUAUGGGCAAUCAUAAAUCGAAGCAUUGUUUAGAAUUUAUUUUGUUAAAACAGAAAAAGCUACAUAAAACAAUUUAUAAGGGUAUAAGCGUCAUAUUGAGAAUAUUUAAUAUUAAUCUUCAAGAAGAAGUCGCUUUGUCCUUAGUUAAUUUAAUUCCAAAAACAACUGAAACUAAGUAUUCCAUAGCAGCAAAACUUAGAAAAGAUGUUUCCAAUGUCCACAUACAUACUCAUCACAAAAAUAUUGACACUUUACGGCGUAACAAAACCGCUAUAAUUGAAUAUAUGUAUAUCUCUCCGAUCGUAAUAUCUUUAAAAUUAUUAGCUAAUACAGAGGGACCUAAAAUAUAUAAUUCUAGUGACCUGACAGAUUAUCAUAAUAUUAUUAAAUAUAUUUUCGAAUAUGCAGAAAAUGGAUCUUUCGAAAAACAUGCUGAAUUUAAAUUCCCAUGUUAUGAGAAAUAUUUUACUACAACCAGUAUUAAACACUUACUAUUGGAAAUAUCACGAAAUUAUACGGUUCAAUUUAUGCAACAAUAUCAAGUUUUGAUCCAUUCUAUUACUGUGCUAGGAAAUCAAUAUGGUUACAAUUUUAGAUCUCCAAAUAGUAAUUUUUAUGAUCCAGAUUCGAUAUUAAUAUGCGGAGAAGAAAUUUCCGUAAAAUUGUCUCAUGACAUUGCAUGUCUUUUGGGACACGCUACUGCUGAUAGUGUGAUUCCAUCGUUUAUUAACUUAAACAAUUGUGAAUCACAUAAUCAACGUUCUAAGGAAAAAGAAUUAUAUUUUCAUAGUAUUGACAUAUCCCCAGCCAAGUUCUUGAUAAAUAAUUUUUUCUCUACCGACAUUGAAUUAGAACUUUCCGGCUUAAUUUCUUUAUCAACAAAUAAUCUUCAACGAGAAGAAUUAAAAUACUACUUAAGAACAUUGGGAAAAAAACUUUCUGCCUUCUUUAAAAUAGAAAAUGCAUCAUCCGCAGAAACUUGUCCUAAAAUAAUAGAGAACAUAAUCAAAAGGAUACAGGAAAUGGGAUGUAAAUUCAUUUCUCGAAUUCGUUUACCACGAUUCAUCAGCCCUUACAUGGGCGUCGAGUUAUAUUCAACGCACAAAGCUAAAGGAAUGCAUCUGUUAGAGCUAAUAAAUAAAGAUUAUCAUAGACGAAUGGAUGAUACUUAUUGGGCACAUAGUAUACUUUCUAACGAUGGAAAACAAAUAGCUCUUAUAUCUUUACAACGAGUUUACCUGGUAGAAAAAGCGGCUGCGUGGGGAUUGUGGAAUAUCAAAUGGUCCAUCGACAUUAAGCAAUUAUCUCCGCCAACUGUUGUCGUGGAUAAACUUGUUUUACACGUAAAUAAGAACGAGCAAGCAUCAACAGCCGUUGUAGACUGGUAUUUGGAAAGCAAGGAAUUGGAGGUCCUAGAAUGGCUGUGUCGCAAAAUAAAUACUGCAAUAACUUUAAAUAUGGAGAGCAGUAUUUGUUCCAAACAAGAUGUAUAAUAUAUGAAAGUUGACUAUAAAAGAAAAAAUUAAUGUAUAUUUACAUUAGUUCGGCAUAAUAAAUUCUACCAUGAAUGCAA